GGCUGUCUUGUAAAUUAGUCGCUUGUGGUCGCUCGCGUCGAUGACAAUAAACUUUAAUACUCUUGGGUCCGCACCCGUUUUCAUAAAUAAAAGACUGUAGUUUAUUAUUACUUGUGUGUACAUAAUUGCUUGAUGAUACAUAAAAAAAUCCAUGGGGGCUGGUGUACUCUCAAUUACUCUCGGUCUCAAUGAACGCAUCGAGUGUCGUGUUGGUGCGCGUGUGUUUUUUUAAAAAUAAUUUAGUUUUUUUUUUUUACCAAAUAUUAUUCUACACAUAAAUAAUUACGCUGAAUUUGAAUUUAAAAUUUAAAUGAUUUUAAAAAUAAACUCGCGCAAUUUUAUUUAAAAUUAAAUUAACUCGGAGUACAAAAGUUGGUAAUAAAUAAAAAAAAACGUGGCUUGUAAACCGGCAGAAAAUCACGUGUAAAUAAAAGAAAGAAAAAGUUUGUUAUUUUUGUGGUGAAUUUAUAAAUUAAUUGAGUUUAUUUAUUAUUAUUGUUAUUAUUUGUAGAUACCGAGUUAUGAUUUAUUGAGCAAGUAACAUCUUGGAUAAAGACCGAGCGUGACUGACAUUUUCACUUACUUUGUGUACAGAGAGAGAGUAUGCACGAGAGUUAAGUUAUUUAAAUAAGAACGAGUGCGAGAUCUUUCAAAUGACGGGUAAAAAAAUAAUAAAUUCACCCAGUGACUCUCAUUUUAUUUAUUUUAUUUUAAAAUAUAAAUAAAUGAUAAAUUGAGAUAGAAUUUAAUUGUAAGUAAACAAGCACGACAAUGGGUUUGGGUCAGAGUCGCGAUGCUAAUGGAAAUAGUGACGGCUGUGGUGAUGCUUCUGUUGAUGGAGGUGAUGCUGGUGUUGGAAUGCGAGAUGGAUUGGGUAUCAAAAGCACCACCGGUCAACAACAUCAUCAGCAGUAUCGAUAUUGUCAGACGCCGAGUUUGGGAACUGGGAGUCUGGGUGGACCACCACCGCACACUAGGAGCGGGAGUGUUAGAUCCACACCGAGACAACCUAUGCCCGAUACCAUUGAACUCGAGAGACGUUUCACUAAAGUCCUUGCAUCAAUGGAUUUACCACCCGACAAAGCGAAGCUUUUGAAGCAAUACGACAAUGAAAAGAAGUGGGAUAUCAUAUGUGAUCAAGAAAGAGUUCAAGCUAAAGAUCCACCGUCUCAUUAUCUUGCCAAAUUACGAACUUACCUGGACCCCAAAGCAUCAAGAAGUCAUCGAAAAAGAAAAAUGGUCGGUGAAUCAACGUCUACACAAGUUCUGAGAGAUUUAGAGAUAUCAUUACGUACAAAUCACAUCGAAUGGGUGAGAGAAUUUUUGGAUGAAGAAAAUCAAGGAUUAGAUGCAUUAAUAGAUUACUUAAGUUUCCGAUUACUUAUGAUGAGAUACGAGCAGCGAUUGAUGGAAAUCCGUACCGAGUCUGAGGAGAAAAUCCAAACGAGUGGUGUAAUUGAGAACGUGACACUUAAUAACGGGUGUCUGCGGCCACCUCUACACGAGCUCAAAGAUAGUCCGAGUGUUAAAAGACGUUCGAGACAUGUAGCUAAACUAAAUAUGGGUGAAGCUAAAGAUGACAUUCACGUUUGUAUACUUUGUAUGCGUGCUAUUAUGAAUAACAAGUAUGGCUUCAAUAUGGUGAUACAACACAGAGAAGCUAUUAAUUGUAUCGCACUAAGUCUAAUUCACAAAAGUUUACGAACAAAAGCACUGGUACUCGAACUAUUAGCGGCUAUUUGUUUAGUAAAAGGCGGACACGAAAUAAUACUAUCUGCGUUUGAUAAUUUCAAGGAGGUUUGUCUAGAAAAAAAGAGAUUCGAAACAUUGAUGGCGUACUUUACUCAAUACGAUAAUUUUCACAUUGAAUUUAUGGUUGCCUGUAUGCAAUUUGUAAAUAUUGUCGUCCAUUCCGUAGAAGAUAUGAAUUUCAGAGUUCACUUGCAGUAUGAGUUUACGAAUCUCGGUCUCGAUGAGUAUUUAGAAAAAUUACGACACACUGAAAGCGAAGAUUUGCAGGUUCAAAUCUCAGCUUAUCUGGAUAAUGUAUUUGACGUAGCAGCUCUUAUGGAAGACAGCGAAACUAAAACGGCUGCUCUAGAAAAAGUUGCUGAACUAGAAGACGAACUUGGUCAUGCGCAUGACAGAAUGACUGAACUAGAAAGAGAAUCGCUGUCAAAAUUAGCAGAAUUAGAGACUGAAUUGGGUGCGAUAAAAGUUGAAUAUGUUGAUGCGCUGGAAGCUAGACGAUUAGUUGAAGAAGAACUGGCGGCACUUAAAAGACAAAAACAAGACUCAGCAAGACGACAGAGUGUACUAGAGAGCAAGAUAAUUGAGCUCGAAACCCUCACGGGCACACUCACCAAAGGCUCGACAGUUGCUGGUUUAUCUAAUGGAACCGCUGGGCUAUCAGCAGCCACGUCACCGACCUCCGAGAAUGUCGUUUCCUCUACAGUAUCAAUGUCGCCGAUCGAAGACUUAGUCAGACCACCAGCAGUAGCUGCUCCACCGCCACCUCCACCUCCUCCUUGUCCUCCCCCACCUCCUCCGCCGCCUAUGGUCCCCAUGGCGCCUGGUGACAGCAAAAUUACUUGCUCCUCCACCAUUCCUCCUCCUCCUGCAGGAAUGAUGCAGGCUCCCGAUGGCGCUAUGACUAUCAAGCGAAAGGUACAAACAAAAUACAAAUUACCGACACUUAAUUGGGUUGCGUUGAAACCCAACCAAGUACGCGGUACGAUCUUCAAUGAAUUAGAUGACGACCGUCUUCAUAAUCACAUUGAUUUCACUGACUUUGAAGAAAGAUUUAAAAUUGGCAUGAGUGGACAUGUUGCCAAUGGCACCAAUGAAAUUGAUGGGUUACAAAGUUUCCCUAGUAAACGGUUUAAAAAACCCGAAAAUGUUUCAUUAUUAGAACAUACUAGGUUACGAAAUAUUGCGAUAUCGAGAAGAAAAAUGGAAAUGCCAAUAGAAAAAGUGAUAACGGCAGUAAAUGCACUAGAUUUAAAAAUUCUUUCUUUAGAAAACGUUGAAUUAUUGCAACGCAUGGUACCUACGGAACAAGAAAUAAAGGCUUACCGAGAAUAUAUAAUUGAGAAGAAAAAUGUAAAUUUAUUAACAGAAGAGGAUAAAUUUUUAAUGCAAUUAGGAAAAGUUGAGCGAAUAUCAACAAAAUUAUCAAUAAUGAAUUACAUCGGUAAUUUUUUCGACAAUUUACAUUUAAUUACGCCUCAAGUACAUGCUGUGAUAUCUGCCUCAAGUUCAGUAAAAUGUUCGAAAAAAUUACGCGCUGUGUUAGAAAUUAUUUUGGCAUUUGGUAACUAUUUAAACAGCAGCAAGCGCGGCCCCGCUUACGGCUUCAAAUUACAGAGCUUGGACACUCUGUUGGACACGAAAUCGACCGACAAACGGAUGUGUUUGCUUCACUACAUCGUUGCGACGAUAAGACUUAAAUUUCCAGAGCUGAUUAAUUUUGAAUCAGAGCUCAUGUACAUCGACAAGGCCGCCACCGUUUCAUUGGAAAAUAUAACGACAGACGUUCACGAGCUGGAGAAAGGAAUGGACCAAGUGCGCAAAGAAUUUGAAUUGCGCGGCAAAGAAAAACAUAACACAGUUUUGAGAGACUUUUUGAAUAAUUCGGAGGAAAAAUUACGGAGAUUAAAAUCAGAUGCGCGUAUUGCGGGCGAUGCAUUCCGUGAGUGUGUUGAAUUUUUUGGAGAAAGUCCGAGACAAGCUGAUGCCAAUACAUUCUUUUCGUUACUCGUUAGAUUUGCAAGGGCUUUCAAGGCUGCAGACCAAGAAAAUGAACAAAGACGUCGACUAGAAGCAGCUGCUGCAGAAGCUCUAAAUACAUCUGAGGAAGUUACGAAACGUAAUAAAUUAAAUCAAAAGAAGCAACAGGAUGCUGUAAUAAAUGAACUAAAAAAUAAGACUCGUUUAGUACAUGAGAAAAAAUUAUUGCAACAAGACGAAGUGUAUAAUGGAGCACUGGAAGAUAUUCUACUUGGAUUAAGAUCGGAACCUUAUCGUCGAGCUGACGCAGUGCGUCGUAGUCAGCGUCGACGGAUUGAUAAUCACAGAUUAUCUCGUACUGCUGAAGAGCUUGAAUUUUAAAAGAAUAAAUUUAUUUUAUAUAAAUAUUUAAAUUAAUCAAAGGUGAAAACGUCCAUGGCUGCACAAAUUUUUUUUUGUUUAUUUAAUUGAAUAUUUUUAAAAAAAACAUAUUUAAUUUUUUAAAAAAUGUUAAUUAAAUUUGUUUAUUAAUUUAUAUAUUUUUAGUUUAAUAUUUAAAAAAUAUAAAUGAUAUAUAUUUUUCAAAAUUAUCAUAAAUAGUUUACAAAAAAAUAUUUUGUAAAAUUUAUAUCUGAUAGCGAGAAAAAAAUUUUUAAAUUGUAUUUUUGUAUACAAUAACUCAGGCUCUCUUUCUUUUUUGAUACUGAUAUUUAUUACCAUUAUUUUUAUACAUUAUAUAUAUAGAUAAAUAAUUAAUGAUAAUAAGAAAUAAAAUAGAAAUAGAAAUGAAAAUACAAACAAAAAUUAAAUUAGCUGUGACUGUCAAUUAAAAAUGAACAAAAACAAAACAUAUCCAUAUGCCAGCGCUUAAUUACUUUGUACAUUUAUUUUGAUAUUCAAAUUUUUAGAACAAAAAAAAAAUUGAUAGCAAAAAAUUUUGAAAAAAAACCGUGUAAAUAUGUAUACACAUUUAUAUAUUAUAUAUAUUAUAAGUAUAUACAUUUAUAUGCUCAAGUGACAACACUUUGAUAAAAUAUAAGAAAAAAUUUACCAUAAUUAUUAUGUCUACAUAUAUUAUAUAUUAUAUAUAUUAUUAUUAAUUUAAAAAAUGUGAUGAAGAAAUUAUAAAAUAAAACUGCCAUUUAAAAAUUUAUUUGAAAUAAGCACGUGCCAUUUGAAAUAUAUUAUUUAAUAUUUUAUUGAGUUUUUAAAAUAUUUAAAAUUUCUAAAUUUUUUUUAUAAUGGCAGGUUUUAUAUUUAUUUAUAUAUUUAUAUAUAUUAGGGCUAGAAAAAUAAUUCAAAUUUUUUUAAAUUUGUAUCGAAAAGCAUAAAAUAAUUUGAAUUUUUUCCAGCUAUCGAAUGUCGAAUUCUAUUCCAUUUUUGAAUUGAUUAAUUUGAAUUUUUCAAAGUAUUUGAAAUUUACGAAUAAUUCAAAAAUUUUUUUUAACAACAAAAAUUGUAUUAUUUUUUUCAAAAAUUCAAAUUUUUGACAGAAAUAAAUCAAGCUGACACAAUUGGAAUUAAUUUCAAAAAUUACAAAUAAUUCAAAAACUUGCGGGUAAUUUGAAAAACCACAAAUUAUUCAAAAAUUCAAUUCGACUUUCAAGUCGAGUAGUUGUAAUCAAUUACAUUUAUAAAUGAUUUUCACACCUCUAAUAUAUAUAAAUAUACAUAUAUAUGUUUAGUAAUAUAUUCCAUAAGUAGUAAAUUAAAAAUAUAAAACUUUCGUUAGAUA